AUGAAAUUUAAUAAAUAUUUUAAUUAAAUGACAUCAAUCUCUAAUGCAAAUGGAUACAUACUUAUUGUCUUAUAAAUGUUAGUUAAUACUGCCUCAUCAAUUGUCUUUAAGUUAUAAUCAAAAAUAAAAAUUGAUAACCAAGAAUUCAAUCAUCCAUUUACAUAAACAUUUACAAUGUUUUUCGGUGAAUCAAUUUGUUAUAUUAUAUUUUUGUUAUACAAAUCUUUUAAUUAUUCAAAAUAUUUAUACGAACUAGAACUUGCAAAUAAAUUGAAAUAAGAAACAAAAAUUAAUUAUUUGGUAGUAAUAAUUCCAACUUUAUGUGAUUUAAUAGCUAGUUGUUUAGCAUUUUUUGCAUUAUCAUUGAUGCCUACAUCAGUAUAUUAGAUGUUGAGAGGAGCUACAGUUGUAAUAACAGCAAUAUUUUCAGUGUUAUUUUUAAAGAAAGUUCCAACAAAGCACUAAAUAUUAGGAAUGACUUUAGUUGUUUUGGGUAAUUUAAUAGUUGGAAUAACAAUAUAUUUAAAAUAAACUUAAUCAGAUUAUCUAAUAGGAGUAUUAUUUUUAUGUUUAUCAUUUUUUAUGUUUUCAUUUUAAGUAAUUUUAGAGGAGAAAUACUUUCGAAAAUAUUAUUUAAAUCCUUUUGAAUUAGUUGGUUUAGAAGGUUUAUGGGGAUUGUUAUUUACUUCAAUUUUACUGUCUAUUUUAGAAUUUAUCCCAUGUCCUUCUAAAAUGUAAAGUGGUUGUCCAUAGAAUUCUGAUGGAAAAUAUUAUUUAGAAUAAACAAUUUAAUUUUUUUAAGUUGUUUUUUCAUUUCAUAAUAAAAACUAUUAACCAUAAUUAUUUCUACUUAUAAUUGCUGAGGCUACAUCAAUUCUACUUCUAAAUUCCAUUUGCAUGGCUGUAGUUAAAUAUUUAAGUGCUUUAACUAAAAGUGUAGUACAAGUAACAACAAUUGCAUUAGUUUGGAUAACUUGUCUGAUAAUAGGAUGGGAAUAAUUCUAUUGGGGUUAAUUAAUUGGAUUUAUUAUAUUAGUAUUUGGAUCUUUAAUUUACAAUAAUAUAAUAAAGUUGCCAUUUAAAGUAUAAAUUAAUUAAUUAAAAAUUAGUGUUUAUAUUAAUAAUAGAAAGUAGAAGAUAUAUAAAAGAAAAUUGAAAAUGAAUAAUUAUUGAAUUGA